CCACCGUCUGUUCAUCUAUCUCAGAUCAUCUCAUCAAGAUGUUUUUCCUCUUCUGUUAAUCGUCUCUUGUUCGGCUUCCGCCCCGCUCUCCGCCCUCCGCCCACGCGCGACCUCGCCCCUCCAUGUCUCUCCCUUACAGCUCUCCCACCGUCGAUCUUUCUCUCCAUGGAAGCUCGUACGAUGGUCUGUGAUCGGGCGCAGCCUCCUCAACCUCUACCACACGAACCUCCACAUCCCGACAAGAAGAAACGCGUUCGACGAUGGCAUCAUCGUGGAUUUACCGGUUGCUCGACCUGUCGUCGACGUCAUGUCCGCUGUGAUGAAGCGUCUCCAACCUGUCGAAACUGUACUCGACUGGGAUUAGAAUGCGAUGGAAGUCAGGGACGGAUGACAUUCAAGGUCUAUGGCCCGCCGCCGCCGCCGCCCGGUCAAUCGAAUCCGCCGACCAAACGGGAUAAAUCCAGGCCGAGAGCCAGCCAGAAAGCAGUGAAGAAGGAAGAUACAGAGGUUGAAGGUGUGGUGAUCUCGCCCACGACUGUGACUGAAUCGAAACCGUUGGUUUUUCAUUUUGAGAACCCGGCAGUGCACUCUGUGACAUCGAUACCUGAAGAUGACAAGAAAGUGAAGAAGGAGCAGGAGGAUGAAGAUUUGGUGCUGAUACCGACCGCGGGAGAAUCAAGGCCGACCGAGGUCCGCUUCCAUAGCCACACAUUGCCCGUCUCCUCAUUGGACUGUUUGCAGGGCCGUUAUUAUACCCAUUUUGUGGACGAAGUUGCUACCCUUUUACUCAUCUAUGACACUUCGACAAAUAUCAACCCGUUCCGACGAUGUUUUCCCGAUGUUUCUCAAUCGUCGUUGUCCAUGGCGAGCGCUAUGGAAGCUCUGGGAGCCCUGCACCUUGCAAACACGUCGACUGGCCCGGAACGGAUUGUGCAUUUCCAGCAUGCCAUGGGCAAAUACGGUGAAGUCGUCAAAUCCUUUAGAACGCGAUACGAGAUCGGGCAGCGAUCACGACUUCCAGAUUUUGCGACCUGUCUACUUUUAGCGCUCUUCGAGAUGAUGGAUUCCCAACACCAUAACUGGGCCAUCCACCUGAAAGGCGCCCGCGAGAUAUAUCGCUGGUUGUUUUACCCGAAUAGCGAUCCGGUUCUUGAAGCUCAACGAGUUGCUGAAAUGAAUCACCCUCUGCGCCAAUUCCUCGUUUCACUGCUUUCCUACCUCGACGUCGCCGGAGCAUGCGCAACCAGCGAUGGGACUGUUGUUGAAGGGAGCUAUUGGCAAACGCUCGGUGGGGGCUGGGAAUACAACUUGGGAAUCCCCAGUCUCUCGCAACCAGCUGCCAACAACGGCCCACUCCUCGAACUCCGCCAAUGCUGGUCCAUCAUGAUGGAGAUUCAAGCCGCGAUUAGCUCUUUCGGAAAAGCAAAGCAGUCGGGCUGGUUGACACCCGAUCAGCAAGAUAUAAUGUACCGCGAUCUCCUACAACGAUUAGUACAAUGGCGCCUCGACGCGCCGCAGUGCCUGCAGAAACUUCGCGAUCUUGAUGACGCAAGCCUAUCUCAGUACCCACACCCCGACGUCCUAGAAUACGCCGGCUGCAUCGAAGCCUACGAAAAAGCCACAAACAUCUAUCUUCAUAAAGUAGGACGCGCCGGCAGACCGGAUAUCCAGCCGCAGCAAGAGCUCAUUGCUGCCUUUUGCACCAGGAUACUUAGCCUUAUUAGGAAACUAGCGAAAGAUGUGGGGCGGCUGGCCGUCCCUUGGCCUUUAUUCGUUGCAGGGCGGGAGACUAGAGAUGAACGUGAGCAGAAAUUUGUGAGGGAUACAAUGCUUGAUAUGCAGAGAUAUGGGUUUAAGAACGUUGAAAAGGCUCUGGAGGAAUUAGAAAAAGCGUGGUUCAAGCGGCGUGCUUUUCCUGAGGGAUGGGUUGAAACUAUGGAUGACGUUCGCUCGUCGAUUCUUCUUCCUUGA